AGGAACCGGUGGCGCAUCGGAUUCUCUAGAGGGCCAGAUGCCACGACGGAGACGGAGAUAUUUUAUCGUCGUACAUGUGAUUUUCAUGGGGGAGGGGGAGACGGUCGUCACGGAGGAGGGCUUGCGAGGAGGUAAUGGCUGGGGGCUGGGGGCUGGGGCUGGGGCUGGGGGAGGGGGGGAGUGUGUGUGUCAAGCAUGACAAGAGCAGUGCAAAUGUGGGCGGAGGCGGAGCAAGGCUGAUGUGAUGGGAUGCGAGGGGAGGGGAAAAGUCCACACAAGGCCGACGACAGUCCAAUUUGCUGCGCACAGCGCGAGAGAUGUCCCCCAAUUGCGAACGUCGAUUCAUGGCGGUCACGUCGGGCGUCCACCCGUGUAGCGUAGUGUAGUGUGAUGGGAUGGGAUGGGAUGGGGUGGGAGGCCAAAAGACGUGCGAGCAGAAUUGGGUCGAGACUUUUGGCGGCCUUGCGUCCGAGGCUGGGUGUUUUUUUUUCGCGGAAAAGGCGGAUCAAGGAAAAGAUUUGGCACACCAAGACCUUGCAUGAGGAGGGGCUCGUGGCGGGGCGCUCGUUCGCGACGACGGUCAUGCGGAUCGAGAACGCGCUUGGACUCGGGGCCUGAGCGGAGCGUAUCGCAAACGAUGGAGGUGGCAAAGGCGAUGACGUUGCGGAGCUUUACGGGAGGGAGUUGGUCCGGUCUGGUUGAUUUGCGCCGGGGCAUGGGAGGCGGAAGGGAAUUUUAUAAUGAGCGAAAAGUCAAGUCAGGGGAAACUGCGAAACCAUGAGCAUUCCACGGAUUGACUCGAGAAUAAUAAAUGGCUGGACUUAAAACCGGACACACCAACUAGUGUUCAAUCAUAAGAUAUGUAGUUGACAUGGAUAAUCUGUUUGGAACACGAGGUUGUCCGUGAGACGAGGAAAGUGACUGGGAGCCAAUAAUGUCGAGGUGCGGGUGUUGUAAAAUAAGUGGUCUCGUGGAACGACGACCAAAAAUCAAAGAGACAAGGGAAGAAAAGAGGGAAGCGCUGGAGCGAGGAGAUGUGUUUGGGUUUUACCCACCGCUAUCAUGACUCAACAUAAUCCACACAAUCUGAUGCAUCCAGCAGUUUGAAAUCUAUAAAAUAUUCGGAAAGGGAAUCGCACCGCAAGGGAGGUGUUAAAAAAGUAGAAUCCUAAAGUGGCAAGUAGCAAUCAAGUUCUUACCGGGCUUGUGCAUCACACGCCAACUGAAAUUGACUUGACAGAGACUACUACUACUACGGUGCGGACCAAGGGGAAAACAACAAGCAAUCAUCCAGAUGAUAUUCGUUAUAAAAUUAUACCCGACUCAGACUGAAGCAGCAGGGGCUGGGCAGGCAGGCAGGCAGGCCAUGCCAGGCCAUGCCAGGCCAGAGCAGAGCAGCCCAGGCCAGGCCAGGCCAGGCCACCGAGGCCGAGGCUGGGAACUCGUUGACACAAAGGGCAAGGCAGAAAAGUUUAAUCGGAACCGGAAAGGUGCAAAAAUGUAAAUACUGUGCAGUAUGUAGAGCUCGCGCAGCCAGGCAGCCACUCAAAUUCACCGUCUUGCCGAUUUCUCUCUCCUCCUCUCUCUCUUAUUUACUCUUAAGGGGGAUUGCAUCUGCAAAGAUCUGUGCAAGAUCUGCUCCUGCACUCCCUCAUUCUUUUCCUUGGCCACAAGGUAGACGAUGGGUAGACUUCAGUGAAUGUGCGACUUUAGGACUGGCGCAAUGCAUAUUCUUUCUAUAUAUUUUUUUCCCCCUUUUCUUCCCCUGCUUUGAUCUUCUGCCCUGCAGUCGUCCUUAUGCUAUACAACAGCGUGUGAGCGAGCGAGCGUGUGAGAGAGCAGAAAAGAUGGGGAUAGAGAGAGAGAGUGAGAGAGAGAGAGAGCAGUCAUGAAGAACCUGGGCGGGUGGCAACUUGACCUGGCAAAGUAAGAAAGAGAAAUUUGAGAGAGAGAGAGAGAGAGAGAGAGAGAAAGAGGGAGCGAGAGCGAGAGGAAUUGCGUUGUGUGUCGAAGAAGGGAGGAAGGAAAAGAAAGGUAAGGCAAGGCAAGAGAAGGGAAGGGAAGGGAAGCCGUAGAGAGAGAGGGAGGGAGGGUGAGGAGACGAGGCGAUGGAGGGCAAGUGCUGAAGCAUGGAAAGGCAGUUCUCGGAAAGGACCAGAGGCAGCACCACUGCAUACUAAUCCAUAAUCUAAUAGCGGCCCUUGCUCUCGUCUGCCUGCCCGCUCGCCUGCCGGCCUGCCAGUGUGCCUGCGUGCCUGCCUGCCUCCAUCGCUCCGUCGCUGCUCGGCUGCUCGACUGCUCGACUGCUGCUGAGGACUGCUGGACUGCCGGCCUGCCGGGCCGCCUGCCAAAUGCUGAAAGAAAACGAGCGACGAGAAAAGAUAUCGGCCGCAGCAGCGCCACUACUACCACAACUUCCAUCACUCCCACCACCGCUUCGCUUCUGUUGCUGCUGCCGCUGCCGUAACUGCACCUCACCUUUCCAGGCAACCUGUACAGCCCCCCACUCAAUACAAUAUUCAAGAGACAAAAAUAUCACACAAUCUCCGCUCGCUCUCGCGCUCCCGCAAUCGUUCGCGGCUCCAAUAUCCUCCCCACCCCGAGCCCCAGGCCCCAGGCCCCUGGCCCCCUGGGGCCCCGACGUACGACCAGUCCUACGGCGGGUGGCUCGUAGGCUCCCCACAGCAGCACCGGCAGGUGCCGUAGAUUCCUUAUACUCGAACAGACCUACUACCGAUGGAUCGUUCCCCGUGACGGGCAGGCCGUCCGGAGCGCCAUCCAUCCAUCCAUCGCGCCAUCGCUCCAUCCAUCUCUGGGCACGAGCCCUCGAAGCGCAUGAUCCAAAGCUCCGACAGCCGUAAGGUUUGGUUCCGACCGAUAUCUCGCGGUCGGAUCACAUUAAUCCGGCUCCUAAUCGGACGACUUAAGGCUCUUAAUGCGGAGGCUUAGCCCAACCCUAAACGCCUGCAAAAGCGCCCCGGACUUCAGCGUCGCGCAGUGAAUGAGGGCGCGCCUGACUCGGAGCCCGGGCCCACCGCGGCGUAAAGGCGCAUCGCAGCCCGGUUCGGGACAUACUGCCCCUCGUCGUUCGGCGAUCUCUCCCCCAAAUUCCCCCUUCACUUGCUUAGCCCCUCUGACCAUCCCAUCCCCUCGUUUGAGUUGCACGGCCCAGAUCCGGCCACCCGGGCCCUCAUUAUGGUCUGCACUUUUCCGUAAGAUUUUGUGUAUCUGCUAACACGGGGCUGGGGCGUAGAGUCCCUUCGGCGACGUCGCCAAAUCGGAGUCGGAACCUGACAGUCGCCCCCUGGUGGGGCCUCUCCAGCCCCCCCCCCCUCCCCCCCCCACCCUCAGAGCAAAUCCCCGCCGACGACCCCCCACGCCCGCGGCCCGCCCAAACGGGGUCUUUGUAGUACGCGCGAGCGCUCUGUCGUACCGAGUGGCGCGGCAGGGGCUGCCCUGCCCCCGCCCUGCCCGCCCUGCCCCAAUUAUUCCGACUUGGCGUCUCGCUCGCUCGCUCGCUCUCGCCUCCGCCGAAAUAGCAGAUGGAGUUUACGCGUUUCGUGGGGCUCAGGCACCUGCGGAUAAGGGGGUGGCGGACUGGGACGGGGGGCGAGGACCCCGGCGCCGGGGCCUGUGCCGAUCGGCGUACGAAGGCGGUAGAGGCCGCCAAGGCCGCCGCAAUGACCAGCGUAUGAUGGCCGAGGGGGGGGAGGGGGGCGCCAUAUAUAGGAUGCCAUGCGUAGAGAUCCAUCCAUCCAUACAUGAUUGUAACGUCCCUUUCAUGGGGCUAGCGAAUGAAUGAAUCAAUGGGCUUCGUAUGAUGGUCGUACCACUCACUCACUCCCUCCCUCGCUUCUUCCCGUUUGGGCAUCGACGACGACGACGACGAUGGGGGGACGGGAGCGACUGACCUGGUCAGGACGGACGGAAGGAAGGACGAGAUGGAGGAAGCGAGAGCGGCAGUGAGCAGGCCCGAUGAUGUACCCAUAAUUGGAGGAGGGUGGAUCUUUAGCACCGGUCCCUAUAUAACCCCCUUCCCCGGGGGUGCUGCUGCGUUAGCCCUCGCUCUGGGAGCCUGGCGGAGGAAUAACCCCGAAGAAUAUUCGAUAUCGAAGACUCAGAACACGCGCGCUUGCGAAAGAAGCCCAUCCGACGACCGAGGCCGGUGGGUGUUCAUGUGCUUCGAGGCAUUGACGGGAAGCAUUAGGGCGACACGGCGGGGCUUGUGGCUGAGGGGAUGUAGAGGAGGGGGGUGGGGGUGGGAUGUAGAGGCGGAGGAGGGGCUGGGGGAGUACUUGUGGGUAAUAGUAGGUAGGUAGGGAGUUAGGUAGGGUAUGGGGAAGGGCUGAAGUGAAGGCGCGGGUGAUGGGUGGGGUGGUCCAGUGAGUCUUAAGGGCCAUGGCGUAGGGAACAGCUCAGCUUCUGUCCCUCGACAUGCGGGUCCGAAGACGGGAGCCGACCCGUGGGCCGCGCCCAAUAACGCGCGUCAUUAUGAUGCCGUCGCCAUUACUGCUCAACGCUCCCCCGUCCCGCUUCGGAACCAGUGGUCUAGUCUAGGGACACCCUGCUCCUCGGGCAGGGCCAUGAUUGCCGAGCUGGACCUACCCCUGCCCCCGCUCCUCUCCCCCGUUUCUCCCUCCCUCCGCUCCCCUCCCCCCCUCGCCGUCCCCCGUCGUCGUCGUCGUCGUCGUCAACUUCAUGCACUUCCCCCUUCUCCUCGUCUCCGGGGGCUCUCUUCUUCCGGACUCAAGUCGCUCUCUCGUCGGGGGGCCGAGGGCCAGAGCCCCUCCUCGUCCUCGUCCUCGUCCUCCUGGAUCUCGUUCUCCGACUUUCUCCAUCGGCCCUCUCUCUCGCGUGACGCAAGGCUCCUCGUUGCGUAAGAGAGUCCACCUGGCGGUCGAGCCUGCCUGCCUGCCCCCUGCCUGCCCCUGCCUGCCUGCCUGCGUGCUUUAGCUUUUCUCCCUUGCCCUGCGCCGCCAAUGAACCCCCUUCAUCUUCAAUUCAGGGCUUCGAAAGUGACGAGUUUCGCUUGAAAGUGACCAGCCGGGUCUUCCUCGCCUAACACACGGAAACGAUUCUCCCGCUGCCCCCCCCCCCCCACCCCCUCCUCCUUGCCUCUCCCUUGCCUACCGCCCCUCGCAGUGUGUCGCGAUCGCUUCCUUGCCUUGCCUUGCCUUGCUCGGGUCGUUCGCGUGCAGCGGGGGAUGGAUAAUUUGCCGCAACUCAAUCGAUGGCUGAGCCGAACAUGCUGCUGCCCCUCCAACAGCUGCAUGCACGCCGUGCUGCUGCCACUGCUUGUUUUGCAACGUACAUCCCAGUCCCAGCCCCAGCCCAUGGCAUGCAUGCAUGCCAUGCCACCCGACCCGACCCGACCAUCCCAUCCCAUCCCAUGUGGCACCAGGGCAGGUUAUAGCAGAUUGCCUCCCCGAAGCGCAGGGCCGCCCGGUCUGGGCCGGGCCGGGCCGGGCCGCUCUGCCAUCCCCCCCCUAACCCCAGCCGUCUAGGCGUCUAGAUCAGCGCAGCGUGGGAGGUGUUUAGGGAGGGGAACCCAAUGCAACGCCGUGUCAUAUGAGCAAGUCGGGGACAGUGGAGAUUAAGCGCUAGCUCCGUCGAUCGGAGCUAGCACAUCAGCUCCGCCGUCCGCCGUCCCUCUACGACCGAAGCAUUCGAUCCUUCCUUCGGCCGGGAAUGGCAAAUAAUAAGGAAACCAUGUCGUGCACAACCGGCAGACGUGCUGCAGCUGGCGGUCUGUUCCAGGUAUAAGAUGGAGCCCAGGAUCAAAAGGCUACUGGAGAGUUAUGACUACAUUAUUCUAAUUCAAAAGCCUCGGCCUUCGCUUCCCUUGCCUUCCGCGUACAGCACUGAAUGUACCGCCGUACUCCGAGGGCUUGCUCCGACGGAUUACUAAGCGUCCCCCCCUCCCCUCCCGUCCCGGCCCUGGCUCGUGGCUUUUUCCUUCCACUAGCGUACGACGAAGCACUGCGGGUGUCAGAUGCACGUACUCAAAGCCAAGGCGCUGGUUGGUCGGACGGAAGGGGGGAAUGGAUGGAUGAAUGGAUGGAUGAAUAUUGGUUCUGUACACGUACCGCUGUUCCAACAAGUAUUUGAAAAGACUCGCCCUCUAGCGCAAAUUUUCCUUGCCCCUCCCCCCUUGCCUCCUGCCUCCUGCCCCCACUGCCCCCGCUGGCCUGCCCCUGCCCCUGCCCCGACCUGGGCUGCGUGCCUGCCUGUCGCGCGGCCCGGCUCUGCCCCCGCUGCGAUCAGACUUGAUUCUUCGCGCUUUCGUAAGCAGAUGGCGUAGCUCGAUAGACCAGAAAGCGUAUAGAUUUGAUGCACUAUGCGUCUGGAUUGCAUGCCCCAGCGACCGCGGAGGUGGUAAUUUAGAGAGGGCUGGAGCAGCGCGGGAGAGGGCGAGGGAGAGGGAAGGGGCGGGGGAGCCUCCAGAUUCAGACAGAGAGAGAGAGAGAGAGAGGGAGAGGCUCGAUGCGAUGGUGGUGCGGGAAGGAUGAGAGAUGCGCAAAUGAGAGCGUCUCGAAAGUCGAGAAUCGGUUGCGUUGCGCGCUCUCGUUCAUGAAUGUGCGUACUCUUCUUACACGAAGUUCAGGAAAGAAGCACUAUUGCAGCGGAUGAAGUAGAAGAUCGGGCGGGGCUGAUCGGGAAGAGCGAGGAGUUUGGCUCUUUCGCGCAUCAUAAUGGACCAUUAUUCUUUGGGGCUGGCUUGUAGUUGCGAAGCCCCCCGUUGGCGACCUUCAUGAGGUCGUGUAAGCAAUGCCCACCUUAUAAUUGUAAAUAAUGACGCCCCGAGGUUAGAUUCAUGACAAAAUGCUGAAAGAAGAAAAGAAUUUACCAGUGACCUAACUUUACUUUCCGAAAUAAAAAGUGAUGCUUCUUGAGUUAGUUAUGUUAGUUACAAAUAAAGCUCGCCCCCGUCGCCCCAUCAAUCGGAAGCGCAGUCGCAUUCUGUGUUACCUUUUUAUCCGGCAUUUGAUAUAAUUCAUCAUGUCAUAUCCUCCGUUUGUUUCAUCUAUCCUGUGCCAUCAACCACUCGACGAUCGAUCCUCGGUCGUCUCUCUGUGGGGGUGGACUACUGGAUGGCUGGCUGGCUGGCUGGCAGGCAGGCCCGGAUGCGCUGAGCCUUCGUGAUUCUAUUCGGGGAGUUUAGAGCGAGGCGUACUGC